AUGGCCGACGUGCCCGAUGACGUGCUCUCCUUCCACCUCGAACGACUGCGCAAAGAAAGCACGGCUCUCGCGCGAGGCAAGCUCUCCGGGCGCCGCAGCGCUGCGCCCAGCCAAGUAGGCCACACCGACGACGACGUCACGAUGGACACCCUGGACAGGCGGUCAUCGUUUGUCUUCGGCGGCCCGCGCGAGAUGGGCGUCGCCGCCACCUCGCCAUCCUCGUCGCGCGCAUGCUUCAGUGUGGGCCACUACGAGCAAUCCUUCGCCGACUGCGACGGUGAAGACUCGGACGAGGGGACACUUUCGGAGGAGGAGUGUGGGGAGGAAGAUUGGAAGGCGGCUCGGCACGUCCUCUUCUCGUGCCGCGAGAUCGUCCAGACGGAGCGCAACUACCAAGAGCGCCUCCGCGAGCUCGCCUGCACCGAGCUCGCGCCCCGCUUCGCCUCGCUCGUCGCGAAGCACGUCCCUGCGCUCCUUCGCGUCUCGGAGCGUUUCCUCUCGCACAUCCAGGACGACCCGAGCGCAUGGGGCGUGAGCGCCGCGUUCAUCGGCUGCGAGGAGGAGCUCGAGCCCGCGUUCGUCGCCUGGUCCGCCAUCGUGGGGGAGUUCUUCGCCGAGGGCGCGAACCUCCGCCCCUCGCGGAAGCUCGCCAAGCGGUCCUCCACCUCGGACGACCUCUUCGCGCUCCCCACGAUGCGCACACGCAGCUUCACGAGCCUCGCGGGCGCGAUCGGCGGGGGCCGCCGCGCGUCCUACGCGAUGUCGGACAUCGGACACGGGAGCGGUGGAGGGACCAGCUCCCCGGCUUUCUCACGGCGCAACAGCGGCGUGGGCCUAUUCACCGCCGCGCUCGGUGCGGGGCUCGGGUUCGGCCUCUCGUCGGCCUCAUCGCCGCCCUCGCCGCUGCACUCGCCGACGGCUGAUGCGCCGCUCUCGCGCGUGUCGUCGAGCACCGCCCUCUCGCGCGCGGUGAGCUCCGCCUGGAAGCGCGUGAGCGUGCCGUCCACGCCCAACCUGAACGUCACGCCGUCGUCGCCGUUCGCGGCGAGCUUCUCCGUCGCGCCGUCGUCGCCCCCGCCGGCGUCGUCCGCGUCGGCGCUCGGGCACGGGUCCUCGUACACGCCGGCGUCGGGCGUGCCGCGGGGCGCGAGCAGCGCGCACGGGCACGGCGGGCCCGCGGCGGGGAUGGGGCCGCGGAAGACGUCGGACCAGGAGAUGAAGAGCGUCGUCCGCGACCUCGCGAUCCAGCCGAUCCAGCGGGUGAUGCGAUACGUGCUCAAGUACCGCGGUCUGCUUGACCACAUGCCGGCGACGAGUCCGUCGCGCGCGCUGGUGGAGCGGGCGCACGAGAGUGCGCUGCGCAUCGCGCGGAACGCGGACCGCGCGCAGGCGCACGCCGCGUUUGCGCGCCAGCUCACCCCGAGCACCAAAAGCGAGAAGGGUUCGCCGCGGCCUCAAAAGACGUGA